UUUAAAAGCUUCAGUUGAUGGAAUGCCGGUGGGACAGAAAACAGCUCAUUGAAUUGCUUAUUGCCCUUUGCAUUCCUCCAGCCGCUAUUUGGUAUCAUGGAGGGAAUGGAUGGAUUUUGCAUUUUAUUGUAAACAUUGUAUUAACAUUUGUAGGGAUUAUUCCAAGAAUAAUUCAUGCCUUGUGGUACUGCUUUUGGAGGACUACCAAUUAA